AUGUGGCCUGUUGUUGGAGUAGCCCUCCUAGUGGUGGCCGCCAGCCCUGCACGGCCCAGCUCCAAGACCAACAGCGUCCAGGUCGGAAGGUUGGGAGCGUUACGGGGGCAGGAAAUGACUCUUGCAAGGACUCAGCGAGCCACCGCCUUCCUUGGUACCUCCUAUUCCAUGGCUACAGCUCCUAGGAGUGACAAAACAAAAGGGGGCCGAUGUGGAAAACGAUCGCUAUCUCACGCUUUUUACAUUCUGCAUGAAAAUAGUCUCAGCUACAAUCAAACUCGAGAAAAUGAUGAAGCUGCUAGACUUCAAGGAACUCAAACUGCCAAAGAAUCUCCAUCAAGAUUCAAUGAGAACAUAGCGGCCGUCUGCAAAAUGAAGAACGGCAAAGCUCCUGAAAUUUAUGGCAUGCCUGCGAAAAAAUUCAAAGACGAUUUUGGAGGCUUGAUUAAGAUAGGAGCAGGGAUUCCAUAUGCCAAAGCACCAAUUGGUUCAUUACGAUUUAAAAGACCACAAACAGAACCCUGGCCUCAGUGGGAUGGAACAAGGGAUGCAACAUCUUUUCGUCCUUCUUGUAAACAGCCUAUGAAUAAGAUAGAAGAUGGAGAUAAGCUUGGUUUAGUGGAAAAAUUACAAAAACCUAUUGAAUAUAGUGAAGACUGUCUUUACCUUAAUAUUUAUGUGCCUGAUGGUGAGUAA